CAGGAGCUCGGCCGGCCUCCUCAAGGGAAGCAGGGACGAGCGCGACACGACGAUCGCGGACUUGCAGCGGCAGCUCGAGGGCGAGAAGGAGAAGAACAGGAGCCUUGAGGACCAGUACAAGUACAGGGUGGCCACCUUCGUCAAGCGCGAAACGCAGACCAAGAACAAGAUCGACGCCCUGGAGAAGAGGCUCGGCGACGCCCCCGAGGCCGACGAACACCUGCAGCGCAUGGCAGUGAUCGAGAACAUGCACAAGUCGGUGGUCGCUGGGCUCGAGUGCAUCCAGGGCAACACGUCGAAGAUUCUACAGGA